GACUAAUUUCCAAUAGAUCGAAAAUGCCGAAGAGGGGUCGUCCGCUAUCGCAAGUAACAGAGGCUGCAGAAAAACGAGUAAGAUCGGAACUCGAUGAUGCAGUCGAUGAUUUGAUUCCGGUAGCUUUGGCACAGAAAUUGAGGGAUCGGUUGGCAGCGGCUGCCCCUAGUACCUCAGUAGCUGAUGUUCAACAGAAGCAAGUUAAGGGAAGAAAGACUGACCGACUUUACUGCAGACGAACACCAUCGGAGUUUUUGAAUUGCUUGAAGCAAUUAAAUCCGAGGCAGAGAAGGGCUGUGACAGAAAUAGGUUUCGGUGCAGUACUCUGUUUCGACAUUAAAGAAAUACCCAGCUUUCUUGCGUUUUGGGUGUUGAAUGCCCUCAACCUCGCCCGCUGCUAAAUACAGCUUCCUGGUGGUGAAGCACUCACUUUGGACGAAGAGGACGUCCACUUGACAUUGGGAUUUCCAAGGGGCCCUACACAGAUAUCGAGACCGGACGUCCCUCAGACAAAUUUUGUCUAUAACGACUUGGUAGCUGAAAGGUGUCAAAAGGGACGGUUUAAGAUGUCCCCGAACGACAUCUCAGAGUUAAUGAUGGCUGACACUGAGGGGGU